CGCUGGAAGUGUCCACAUAGGAUCGAGUUACUCUACGCCCCAUCUUUAAGCCCCAGUCAGUGCGCCGUUAGCCGCAGGACAACAGAGGAUAGCUCAAGAUCCUGGCCGCCGGGAAAGCAGAGCGUCCACACUCAUGCCUUGAUGAAGGGAACACUACACAUUCAUCCGACGCUCUAAAAAUGAUAGAAACAAUGGACACGCAGCGUGCCUUGCAGGCGGUGGAGCGACUCCAGGCCAAACUCAAGGAGCGGGGAGAAGUGCCCACUGAGGAGAAGCUCAGCCUGCUCAAGUCAGUGCUCCAGAGCCCCCUCUUCCAUCAGAUCCUGGCCUUGCAGAAGUCUGUCCAGCAUCUCAGAGAUCAGGGGAGUGUCCCUUUAUCACGAGGGAGUGAUCUCACAGCAGCCAAGCCCAAUGGCAGCCAUGUUUCCUGCUCAGACACCCCAGCUCCCACGCACGCCAAUGGGAAGACGUCAUCCGAAGAAUUUGAACAUAUUAUCCACUCCAUGGCGCAGGGACGUUAUGUGACGCAUGUGGAUCUGCAGAAGCCAGUGUCCGGAGGUCUUGGCUUCAGCGUGGUGGGCCUAAAGAGCGAGAACCGCGGAGAGCUCGGCAUCUUCAUCCAGGAAAUUCAACCAGGAAGUGUCGCUCACUGCGAUGGGAAACUCAAAGAAGCCGACCAGAUAUUGGCCAUUAAUGGCCAGCCUCUGGACAAGACAGUGACCCACCAGCAGGCUAUAGGCAUCCUGCAGAGUGCUUCAGACAGGGUGCAGCUCACAGUGGCCAGAGGGCCAAUACCUCAGCUGGCCAGUCCUGCAGUGUCCCGCACGCCCUCUGCUGCCAGCACAUUAUCAGCCAACUCCAGCGCGUGGCAACAUGUGGAGACGAUUGAGCUUGUCAACGAUGGCACCGGUCUUGGCUUUGGUAUUGUUGGAGGAAAAACCACCGGGGUUAUAGUCAAAACUAUACUUCCUGGAGGCAUUGCUGAUCAGGAUGGCCGCCUGCGCAGCGGGGACCACAUCCUGAGAAUCGGAGACACCGACCUGCUCGGCAUGGGCAGCGACCAGGUGGCCCAGGUCCUGAGGCAGUGCGGGAACAGGGUGAAGCUGGUUGUUACCAGAGGUCCUUUGGAAGAGACUCCCUCUGCUUCUGUCAUGCCUGUGGUGCUCCCCACUGUCAGCGAACAGCAGGGCUACGAGGAAGAGGAUGCUGAGGCAUUUGAUGUGAGCCUUACUAAGAACACCCAAGGACUCGGGAUCACUAUUGCUGGUUAUGUUGGAGAUAAGAAUUCAGAGCCCUCUGGUAUCUUUGUUAAGAGCAUAACAAAAGACAGCACUGUAGACCAAGAUGGCCGUAUUCACAUUGGAGACCAGAUUAUAGCAGUCGACGGCGUGAACAUCCAGGAAUACACCAAUCAACAGGCAGUUGAAGUGCUGAGACACACGGGCCAGACGGUCCACCUUAAGCUGAUCCGGCGGGGCUUCAGGCCCGAUGAGAUCCCCCCUGUCACAGCCCCCGUUGUCACCGUCCUCCCCCCUUCCACCACCAUCCCCACAACCACCACCGUCAUGAAGGAGCUGGAGCUGGAGAGAAAGAAAGCUGAGGAGGCUGCUGAAGAUGAAAAGCAGCUCCACACAAAGAGUGAAGGAUCUGAUGUCAGCCCUGCCACGGAUCAGCUAACAGAAGACAAACAUGAACCGAGCUUAACACCUUUUGAAGAGGAGGAGUUAAUGAAGAAGUGGCAGGAAAUUCUGGGCCCAAGUAAUGAAGUUGUGGUGGCUCAGGUGGAGAAGUUUACCGAGAACAGCGGUCUGGGCAUCAGUCUAGAAGCCAACAGCGGACAUCAUUACAUCCGAUCUGUCCUUCCUGAGGGACCGGUCGGUCGCUGUGGCAAGCUGUUCAGUGGAGAUGAGCUUCUUGAGGUCAAUGGCAUUUCCUUGAUUGGUGAGAGCCACAAAGAAGUAGUGAGAAUCUUGAAGGAGCUUCCGCUCCACGUGUACGUGACAUGCUGCAGGCCGGCCCCCGACCUUCAGCCUGAGGUGGAUGCUGAGCAGAGAGAAUCAGAGGCUUUGUCCACAACAUCGAAAUUGAAGAAUCAAAUAGACCUCAGCGGUGUAGUGGUUGCUGAACACCCAGAGGUGAAUACAAUAGCGGCGACACAGGGCAACGUGAGCGAGGAGGCGAUAGGAUCCCCUUUGGCUAUGUGGGAGUUGGAGAUCCAGAAUAUCGAGCUCGAAAAAGGAGAAGGGGGAUUGGGAUUCAGCAUUUUGGAUUACCAGGACCCACUGGACCCGGCCAAAACGGUGAUUGUGAUUCGCUCUCUGGUUCCCAAUGGUGUCGCAGAGAAGGAUGGCAGGCUGUUGCCAGGAGACCGACUCAUGUACGUUAACAGCAGCAACCUGGAGAACGCCAGCCUGGAGGAUGCCGUCCAGGCCCUUAAGGGGGCCAAGCUCGGCAAGGUCCAGAUCGGAGUCGCCAAACCACUGCCUGGAAUAUGUGGAUAUUCCCACUCUCCACACCCAUAUGGUGAGCAGGAAAUAACUUCAUCACCCACCAUCCAAUCAUUUGACUUCAACAGUAUUUUGGUUGAAGAAGGAGAGGAAGAAGGACUGACUGAGGGCAUCCUUUACCGAGCAGAGCCUGCAUUGAUUGAUACCAGUGAUGCAGACCUGCCUGAUGAAAAGAUGUUAGGUCAUUCUUACUCCGGGAUCGAGGACGACACUUUCCAAGCUUCCAUGAUCGCUCUCCAUGGUAGCACCUGUAGCACAGACCUGGAUUACCUACACUCAUCCACACCUAAGCUUACAGCCCGACUGAACUUGCUGGAGGAGCAUCCCUGCUUUGCAGACAAUAGUCAAGUCUUCUCUCCGGAGGAGUCGGCCUCUUACGCUCCUCCGAGUCUGACCAGCCACAUCCCGGCUUUUAAUGCUAUUCUGAGCAGCUCCGACCAGUACCUGGGACAGCUCCCGAGCAAAGAAGACCCAGAGGACGGCACAAAUUCAUACAGCCCGUUUGCUGAAAUUGGGAGCAGAUCGAAUGUGCUGGAGGAACCUGUGGAGAGCCUUAACUAUCAGAAGGAGCCUGCUAUCUCUUUCGGAGAGAUUGUAGACAUAAGAGUUUUGAUGAAGGACGAGGAGGCUGGUGCGAAAGAAUCUGCAGAAGACGGAGACAAAGCAACGUUGACCUCAGGGAGCAAUUUUGAAAGGACUAUCACAGUCGUCAAGGGCAACUCCAGCCUGGGGAUGACAGUGAGCGCCUUGAAAGACGGUUUGGGGAUGUUGAUCCGCAGCAUAAUCCACGGAGGAUCCAUUAGCCGGGAUGGACGUCUCGGGGUUGGCGAUCUCAUCCUGGCUAUCAACGGAGAGCCCACUGCCAACCUGACCAACGCCCAGGCCCGCGCCAUGCUCAGGAGGCACUCUCUCAUUGGGCCAGAUAUGGGAUCUGCUUGUGCAUCCGAGGACGAUCUGUGCCCAUUUUAUGUCAUUACGUAUGUCCCAGCUGAGUAUCUGGAGGAGUACAAGGCCAGCCUGGAGCAGCCUAAAGACGACAUCUUCACUGACGCAGCUCCAGUGGCAGCUCCAGCGCUGAAAGAAAUUCCCAACCUCCCCGAGCGCGAAGACGGAGAAGGAGAAGAAAGCGCAUCUUAUAACAUCUGGAACCAACCGAGGAAAGUGGAGCUUUUCCGAGAGCCGGGCAAGUCCCUGGGGAUCAGUAUCGUCGGUGGCCGAGGGAUGGGCAGCCGGCUGAGCUCUGGAGAGGUGAUGCGGGGCAUUUUUAUCAAGCACAUCCUGGAGGACAGUCCUGCUGGACAGAACGGGACUCUGAAGACUGGGGAUCGAAUUGUAGAGGUGGACGGAGUAAACCUAAGAGAUGCUAGUCAUGAGGAGGCAGUGGAGGCCAUACGGAGGGCAGGGAACCCUGUCUCCUUCCUGGUCCAGAGUAUUAUCCAGAGGCCCAGGCCUGAGUCAGUUUAUUGCCCAGUUUCAUCGCCCGCAGUAAAGAAACUCACCACCGCUUUCACACACAUGCCACCUCGCACAUGUCAGAAAGUGAAAACGAUAGUUGAGGCUUUUACUUCAUCGAUAACAGACUCGAGUGAGGAGAGAGCUGCUGCAGCCGCAACAAGGGACAACAAGGACAAGGAAGGUGACAGUCACAGUAGACUUUUCCUCCGCCUCUCCCCAACUAACCCUUUCACUCCUACCCCGUUUAAGCUGGCGAAGCGUGAAGCGGCAAAGGCAUCUCCCACCAGCGCUGUCCUCACCCUGCCAGUGGUGCCUCAUGUGGGAGAGACUGAUACAGACACGCUGACAGAGAUUCCUGGCAGUCCUGCUGAGACUGCUGAGGAGAAAAAGGAGGAGGGGGAGGAGCCCGAGGACGAGUACGGAUAUAAUUGGAAGAACAUAAUCCAGCGUUAUGGCAGCCUCCCAGGUGUCCUCCACAUGAUUGAGCUGGAGAAAGGCAAAACAGGCCUGGGCCUCAGCCUGGCAGGGAACAGGGACCGCUCACGCAUGAGCGUGUUCGUGGUGGGAAUAGACCCCAGCGGGGCGGCCGGCAGGGACGGACGUAUGGUUGUUGGGGAUGAGCUGCUGGAGAUCAACGGACAAGUUCUGUACGGCCACAGUCAUCAGAACGCGUCCUCCAUCAUCAAGAGCGCUCCAUCCAAAGUCAAAAUCAUCUUUGUCAGGAACACCGAAGCGCUCGACCAGAUGGCGGUGGGACCAGUGAGGGAGCACGAGGGAGACGCUGUGGAGCCCCACGCUGAGCCAGAAGAAGCUGCUGCUAAUGGCGACGCCGAUACUUCGAACUACGUUCAUCACAUCGUAAAUCUGAAGGAGGACGGAGGACUCGGCAUCACUUUUGUUGAGGGCGACACAGAGGCCGGGGUUGAGAUUGAGAGUAUAUCUGAAGUGCAGGGACACACCGGCAAAGAGGGGUGCAUGAAACCUGGGGACACACUCUUAGCUGUGAACGGCGAGUCUGUGCUCGGAUACACUGUUGAAAAGGUCUCAUCACUGCUGAGAAAAGCCACAGGUCCUGUGAAGCUAACCUUUGCUACAAAGGAGAUCCCCUCUUCUUUCUCCUGUGUCCAGUCGAUCUGCCAGGACGCAAGCUUUUCAGAUGGAGUCCUCGCUAGCGUACCCAGCAUGCCUAGCAUCUUCCCAAGUCAGCCAGAGGCGGAAGCAGCCACCAGUCUUAGUCGCUCAUCCACCCCUUCCGCUCUGGCCUCUGACCCGACGACCUGCCCCAUCAUCCCCGGCUGUGAAACAACCAUCGACAUCUCCAAGGGCCGCACAGGCCUGGGCCUCAGCAUCGUGGGAGGCUGUGACACUCUGCUGGGGGCCAUCAUUAUCCACGAAGUUUAUGAAGAAGGGGCGGCCUCCAAAGAUGGGAGGUUAUGGGCAGGAGACCAAAUCUUAGAGGUGAACGGCAUCGACCUGCGAGCGGCCAGUCACGACGAAGCCAUCAACGUGCUGCGGCAGACGCCGCACAGGGUCCGGCUGGCGGUCUACAGGGACGAGGCCCAGUACAAGGAGGAAGACCUGUGGGACUCCUUCACCGUGGAGCUGCACAAGAAUCCCGGCCAGGGCCUGGGACUGAGCAUUGUCGGGAGGAGAUCGCGGGAUCAGAGGAACGACACAGGGGUGUUUGUGUCCGACAUCGUGAAAGGAGGUUUGGUGGAGGCUGACGGUCGGCUGAUGCAGGGCGACCAGAUACUGUCGGUCAACGGUGAGGACGUCCGGUCAGCCACUCAGGAGGCCGUGGCUGCGCUGCUGAAGUGCUGCGUGGGAUCUAUCAAAAUGGAAGUGGGGCGGUUUAAGGCGGGGCCCUUCCACUCGGAAAGAAGGCUGUCUCAAAGCAGCCAGAUGAGUGAGACAGGAAGCGCCAAGGUGGUCUCUCAGCCAUGUUCAGAUCCUGGUGACCCUGACAGGCUUAGUACAAGCCAAGAAUACCCGGAGCAUCAGGAAGUCAGAACAGUGGAGUUCACUAAAGGCCCCGCUGAUUCUUUGGGCAUCAGCAUAGCGGGCGGAGUGGGCAGCCCCCUGGGCGACAUCCCCAUCUUCAUCGCCAUGAUGAAUCCCGUCGGACUGGCUGCUCAGACCCAGAAUCUCAAGAUCGGCGACCGAAUCGUCAGCAUAUGUGGAACCUCUGCUGAAGGCAUGAGCCACUCUCAGGCCGUCGCCCUGCUCAAGAACGCGACAGGAACGAUACAGCUGCAGGUGGUUGCAGGUGGCGACACCACCGUGACAGGUCCCCCUCAGGAGCAGGUCGGUGGGGCUCUCACGCCCAGCUGCAUCUUCCAGGACGACCUCAGCCCUCCUCAGUAUAAGACCAUCACUCUUGAUAGAGGACCAGACGGGCUGGGUUUCAGUAUAGUCGGAGGGUACGGCAGCCCCCACGGAGACCUGCCCAUAUAUGUGAAAACUGUUUUUGGAAAGGGCGCAGCUGCAGAGGACGGGCGCCUGAAGCGAGGAGACCAGAUCAUGGCCGUCAACGGGCAGACUCUGGAGGGGGUUUCCCACGAAGAGGCCGUCAGCAUUCUGAAGAGGACCAAAGGAACCGUCACGCUCACCGUGCUGUCAUAGACCGCCCCCACCUCCACACGCACUAUACCCACUCCUUAUCCUCUGCUCACAACAGCAUUCUCUUCACCUCCGCGCACCUUUUCUGCAAACUCGCAGCAGCAGCGAGGCGCUCGUCUGUGAAAGCACCCGCACACUGAAACACAAACAGUGUGAUCAUGAAGAAGCUUACGCCACUGUGAUGUUUGAAGGCCUGUUACAAACACGUGUUGUGCUGAAGGCUUUACUUAGUCGUAAUGGGAAUCUCAACGAGGCUGUAAAUAGUAUUAGAAACAUUCCACCACUCUGGAUUUGAAGUAUUCACUGGACACUUUGGAUUGUGUUUAGUGCUGUCAGCGUUAAUCCCGUUAAAAUUACUUUAUCGCCAUAACGCGGGAAAUCUCCGUGAGCGAGAUUUCCCGCGGAUCCCCACGAGCUAACCACAUUAGCGCGGUUAGCUCGUUAACACGUUAGCGCUAUCCAGCCCCACACACUGGGGGAUACGCGCUAAUUCGCUAACGGUGAUUUGCCGCGUUAAUGGCGUUAACGUCAUUUUAACGAGAUUAACGCUGGCAGCACUAAUUGUAUUCCUGUAUUAUUAUUAUUAUUACUUUGUUAACAGUCUGAGGGGUGACCCCGGACUCAGUUCAGAGCACAGAAUUAAAGAAGUACCCUCGAGACAAUUAGGAGAUUAUAGCAGGAUUUAGCUAACGCCUGCAUUAGCUUAAAACAGCGUUAUUUGUCCGUUGCGUUGCACUGCUGUCGGCACACGCCCGUUUCCGCCACAAAAACCCCCAAAAAGCAAGUAUCCAUAAAUUUCAAGUUAUUUUCUUGAAAUUUCGACCUAUUA